AUGCUAGACAGAAGAUCUGGUUAUCGUCCUCCUCGCUCUACAUCUGUACGAAGCCCUCCUCCUCAAACUGUUAAAAGUGCUCCUCCUCCAGCAACAGCUCAGCCUAAUGGUGGUGUUGGUAUCUUUGGCAGUCUUGGCUCAACCAUAGCUGAUGGUGUGGCUUGGGGUACUGGAAACGCAUUUGGACACAGGAUUGCCGAAUCUGUGUUCGGCCGACGAACCAUUAAGGUCGAAACCGUUGCUUCUCAGGCUGCUGCCCCUGCUUCCCCUGUGGCCAAUAGCAUGAGUGCUUGUGACAUCCAGUCCAAUGCUUUCCAAGAUUGCGUCAACAACUUCGGAAGCGACAUCAGUAAGUGCCAGUACUACAUGGACAUGCUCAGUGAAUGCAAGAAGAAUUCUGGUUCCAUGAUUUCUGCUUAA